AGAGCUUGGAAGGGCUGGGGGUGGGGGGGGGUCUCCUCUGUGCCUGCUCCGUGUUCCUUUGGUUGUGGGCUUGAAGAUGGAAAAUAAAAGCUGGGAAGUGGAGCAGGGAGAACUCCUCCAGGAGUCAGAAAUCGGGAAUCUCCCGAGGGAUGUGAAUAUUCCUGGUUAUUCCACAACCUGCCAUCCUCCCUGCCCUCGUGUCCUUGUUGGUCAGCAGGGUUUGGAGUGGGAAUUUGGGAAAAGCUCUUGGAUCUCCUGCAGAGGCAGGAGCUGUCGCUGAGCCAGGGGCAGAGCAGAUGGUGACCUGGUUUUGCCAGGGAAGGGAUGAGGUUGGGAAUGCACCGUUGGAAGCGGGAUAUGGGGAAGAGGCAGGGCCUGGGAUGCACAGGGAUUCAUUGCAGCCAGCUCAGCCCCGGUCUUUUGGAGAAAUAAAUCCCUGUGGUCCUUAACUUUUAACCCUGGGAUUGGGAUUUGUGUCUUUCGUGUGGAAGGAUUGAUCCAUCAGGUGUGUAAGCUCCAACUGUUCCCACCAAAAAUUCCAGGAGAAGUGGCCCUUCCCCAGCCAGACCCCGAUUUAACAUUCCAGCCCCAUCCCUGAGAAAGAUUUCCCCGGAACAGGGAAAAUUGAGGAUAUUUUCCCGUUGUUUCCCCAUGGACUGUUUCAAGCUGAUUCCCUGUUCUGCCUGGGAACAUCUGUUUCUCCUUGGAUUCUUGGAUUUCUUGGCUCCAGGAGCUUCUCCCAGGAAUUUGGCCACGUUUUGCUUCGUGUUCAAGCUUUGUGAGGGGUUCAGCUCCAGGGAAAUGGGGCUUGGAGCUGCAUUCCUGCUCCUCAUCCCACUCCUGCCUUGGAAAGAACUCAAUUCCUGGUAGUUUUUGCUGGAGCAGGAGGUGCCUGAGGCAGGAGGAUCCUGAAUCACCUGGAGAUGUGGAGCUGGGAGGCGCUGGAUGAGUUUCCCUGGGAGGGAUUUGGCUCAUUUGGAAGCAUUUUGGGCACUUUGCUCCUUGCAGGGAUAAGAUCCACACUGGGAUACUCGGCUCUCAUUCCAACCAGGAAUGCAAAACUAACAGGAAAAGGAUUUCCAGGACUUUUUCAGGCUCUCCCAUCCCUGGAAGUGUCCAAGGCCAGGUUGGAGCAGCCUGGGAUAGUGGGAGGUGUCCAGAAUGGAACUGAAUGGGAUUUAAUGUCCCAACCCAAACCAUUCCAUGAUUCCCUGCUGGGAAUUCUGCCCUGAUCCCACAAAAGCAGUGGGGCAGAGGGGCUGCCCCCCCACACCCAGUGGCCCAGCUCCCAGGAAUUCCCAGACCUGGCCACAGGAUGGAUAUUCCAGUUUAUCCCAAGGGUGCUGUGCCAUGGACAGGUUUUUGGGAGUCAGGGAGCGUUCCCAGGUCUGGGGAAGCAGGAAAAUUCAGGAACGUUCUGCUGGCAAAUGGGGAUUUUUGGGAAGUAAUAAUGAGAGGCUGGAGGUGUUCCCAGCUCUAGAGAAGCAGGAAAACUCUGGAAUAUUCUGCUGGAAAAUGGGGAUUUUGGGGAGGCAAUAAUGGGAGGCGGGGAGCAUUUCCAGGUCUGGGGAAGCAGGAAAAUGGCUGGAAUGUUCUGCUGGAAAAUGGGGAUUUUUGGGAGGUUUCUGGGGGGUAAUAAUGGGAGGGAGGGAAUAUUUCCGUGUCUGGGGAAGCAGGAAAACUCCUGAAUAUUCUGCUGGAAAUUGGGGAUUUUGGGGAUGUAGUAAUGGGAGAAAGGGAGGAUUCCCAGGUCCGGGGAAGCAGGAAAAUAGCUGGAAUGUUCUGCUGGAAAAUGAGGAUUUUUUGGGAGUGUAAUAAUGAGAGGCAGGGAGCAUUCCUAGGUCUGGAGAAGCAGGAACACUCUGGAAUAGUCUGCUGGAAAAGGGGGAUUUUGGGGAGUUUUUUGCAGAUAAUAAUGAGAGAGAAGGAGCAUUCCCAAAUCUGGAGAAGCAGGAAAACUCAGGAAUGUUCUGCUGGAAAACAGGAACCGUGCAGAGCGAGAGAGAGGCUGAGGAAGGUUCUGGAAAUCAGGGCAGGGGAGGCAGACGAGUCACUGGGAGAAUCAGGGAAAUCCCAGCAGGAUUAUUCCGAGGGAAAAAUCCAGCAGGCGUUGGAUCUCAGGAAUCACCAGGAACUUCGCAGGGCACCGACCUUGGCACCAAACCCCCUUGCGUUUGAUGGGAUUUGGCUGCCGAGCCAUGGGCACGGAUGCAUCCCUGUGGGAAGGCGGGGCAGGUGGCACCGGGCACGGGGCCAGUGGUGGCCGCAGGGUGGGGGACAGGGCUGUGCCCGUCCUGUGCCACCCCCUGGCUGGCACACCGGCACCCCCAGCGCUUUUCCUGCCGCUCCUGCAGGGGAUUUGAGGAAUCCCCACAUGAGGACGAAUCCCUGUCCCUUUGUCGCCCGCUGCCAGCGCCGGUGCCCCCCGCCGUGUCCCGGAUUUCCCGCAGGGAAUGGGGAAUGCUGGCAGGGAUCCGGCUCCUCGCUGCUCUCGGUGGAAAAGUGUCCCUGGGUUUCGGGACAAGGGGACGCUUGUGACAUUUCCUGGCGCCGGGUGGCAGUGGGGGGACACGCCCCGCAGGGAGCGGUGGCACUGCCCAGGGCCAGCAGCUGGCGGCUGGCAAUUGUUUGAUUCCAGGUGAUCCCUGUUUGAUUCCAGGUGAUCCCUGUUUGAUUCCAGGUGAUCCCUGUUUCAUUCCAGUUGUUUUAUCCCAGGUGAUCCCUGUUUUAUUCCAAUUGUUUGAUUCCAGGUGAUCCCUGUUUCAUUCCAGUUGUUUUAUCCCAGGUGAUCCCUGCUUAUUCCAUGUGAUUCCUGCUUUAUUCCAAUUAUUUUAUUCCAUGUGAUCCCUGUUUUAUUCCAGUUAUUUUAUCCCAGGUGAUCCCUGUUUCAUUCCAGGUGAUCCCUGUUUCAUUCCAGUUAUUUUAUCCCAGGUGAUCCCUGCUUUAUUCCAAUUGUUUGAUUCCAGGUGAUCCCUGUUUCAUUCCAGGUGAUCCCUGUUUUAUUCCAAUUGUUUUAUCCCAGGUGAUCCCUGUUUUAUUCCAGGUGAUCCCUGUUUCAUUCCAGUUGUUUUAUUCCAGCUGCCCCCUGUUUCAUUCCAGGUGAUCCCUGUUUUAUUCCAGGUGAUCCCGGUUUUAUUCCAGUUGUUUUAUCCCAGGUGAUCCCCGUUUUAUCCCAGGUGAUCCCUGUUUAUUCCAGGUGAUCCCUGUUUCAUUCCAGUUGUUUCAUUCCAGGUGCCCCCUGUUUAUUCCCAGUCCCAUUCCCGGAAUAGUUCCCAUUCCCCACCCCGGUGCUGGCUAUAAACUGAUUCUCCUUAAUCCCAAAAAGAUCCCGCAGCGCCGCCGCUCAGGCGGAUUAAGGGACUUUUGGGGGAAUUUGGGAGGACGGAGGGAUGAGCAUUCCUGCUUUGAGCAUUCCAUGGAAUUUCGCUGCUUCCUCAGAGCAUCGUCCCUCUGGAUGUGGGGUUUGAGUGCCCUUAGGUGCUCCCGGCGGGCAGAGGGGACCCAGCCCUGCUGGCACCUGCGGGGAAGCUCGGGAAUGUUGGAUAGAGCUGGGAAGAAGAUGGGAAAGGGUGGCAGAUCAAAGUCAGGCCCGUGUUUGCCUCCGAAGCUGUCCCACGGGAGCUUCCUGCCCGCUGGAAUUGGCCUUUUCCAGCCCCAUCGCCGGCCAGAAGGAGCCUUUCCUCCUGUGUUCUUUCCGUUCUCUUUCGGAUUUCUUUCCAGUUCCUUUCUGACCUCUUUCUGAUU